GACGGAGGGUGUACAAACAUGGCGGCCGGCUGGCUUCAUACGCCAUGUUACUCCAAUGAGUGAGAACCGCAAAACUCAGCACAAACAUGAAGCUCCUCCGUAAAGACAUCGAGAAAGACAAUGUUGGUCAGGUGACGUUGGUCCCGGAGGAGGCGGAGGAUAUGUGGCACGCCUAUAACCUGGUGCAGGUGGGCGAUAGUCUGCAAGCCACCACUAUCAGGAAGGUGCAGAUGGAGUCCUCUACGGGCAGUGUGGGCAGCAGUCGGGUCCGGACCACGCUCACCAUCCGGGUGGAGACCAUCGAUUUCGACUCCCAGGCCUGCCAACUGCGGGUGAAGGGCACCAACAUCCAGGAAAACCAGUACGUCAAGGUAAGUGCCCCUCCCCCU